GGCUCGGGGGUCUCCCGCAGAUCGGGGGGCCCGCGGCCCUUCGAGGAGAUGCCGCGGGCCGGGCGGAGCCGCUGGCUGAACCUGCUGAGCCUCUGGGGCCGGGGGGGCUUCCAGGACUUCCACCGCCGCAUGGAGGGGGGCUUCCAGCGCCUCGGGCCCGUCUACAGGGAGCGCGUGGGCUCCAUGGACUGCGUGAACCCCCUGACCCCGAACGGCCCCGCGUGGCGCUCGGACCGCCUGGCCCUGAACCGAGCCGUGCUGGCCCUGACCCGAUUUUGGGCUGAUUUUGGGCUGAUUUUGGGUGAUUUCGGGAACGGCCCCGCGUGGCGCUCGGACCGCCUGGCGCUGAACCGAGCCGUGCUGGCCCCGGCCGGGGCCCGCCGGUUCCUGCCGCUGCUCGAUUCCGUCGCCCGCGACUUCGCCCGGGCCCUGCGGAGCCGCGUCCGCGCCGCCCCCGGGGGGGCUCUGACCAUCGACCCCCACCCGCUGCUCUUCCGCUUCACCCUCGAGGCUGACGAGAGCAUCCAGCGGAUCUACCGGGAGUUCUGCCGGGCGGGGCCCGGUGCCGCUGACGAGAGCAUCCAGCGGAUCUACCGGGAGUUCUGCCGGGCCGGUGCCGCUGACGAGAGCAUCCAGCGGAUCUACCGGGAGUUCUGCCGGGCCGGGCCCGGUGCCGCUGACGAGAGCAUCCAGCGGAUCUACCGGGAGUUCUGCCGGGCCGGGCCCGGGGGGGUCCUGGCGGAGCUGCUGCUGCAGGGGCACCUCCCCCUCCCCAACAUCAAAGCCAACGUCACCGAGUUCACCGCGGGCGGCGUGGACACCACGCUGUGCCAGGUGGCGCUGUACGCCAUGGGCCGCUGCCCCGAGGUGUUCGCGCAGCCGGAGCGCUACGCGCCGCGCCGCUGGCUGGCCAAGGACGCCACGGCCUUCAAGGCCUUGGCCUUCGGCUUCGGCGCGCGCCAGUGCAUCGGCCGGCGCCUGGCCGAGGCGCAGAUGAUGCUCUUCCUCGUCCACGUGAGUCGGGGGUCCCGAAAAACGGCCCCGGGCCCGGCGGGGGGCGGGGGGGACGCCACCGGCCGGGGGGGUUCGCUCAGCGGGGUCGCGGUUCGGAAAAACGACGCGGGGGAGGUUCAGGGGUUGGGUUGA